GGAGGCGGCGUGAAGGAAGCCGGAGCUCAGGAUGUAGCCCUGCGAGGAGCGGCUCCCCGGCACGGGGACCCCGCAGGGAUCAUCCGGCAGAAUGAGGAAGUUCCGUGCAAGGUUCUGACACCAUGAAGGGCUAUCAUGGGGAGCGCAGCCAAUCACAGAGCUCCACAGGGCACCCGUGUCACUGCAUCCCAGAGGACUGUGACCAGCCCCUGGACUACAUCCGCCACGGCCAGGAAUCCAGGCAGCCGUACCUCCUCAGCCCCAGUGAGCCUUGUUCUUUGGAUCACCGCUACUGCCCCUCUCGGAGCCCUGGGAUCCCCGCUGAGUGCACGGGCGGGCCGAUGAGCCUGACCAAGCCGCUUUCCGCCAGCAGCAGCAGCACCUUCCCCAGGAUGCACCACAUGCAGCAGCAGUACGACUCUUGUGACGAGUGCAUGGCGGCCACCCACCCCUCCAACAAGAUCAACCGCCUGCCCCCCAACCUGCUGGACCAGUUUGAGAAGCAGCUGCCGCUGCACCAUGACGGCUUCCACACGCUGCAGUACCAGCGGGCCAGCACCACGGAGCAGCGCAGCGAAAGCCCCAGCCGCAUUCGCCACCUGGUCCACUCCGUCCAGAAGCUCUUCGCCAAGUCCCACUCCCUGGAGGCCCCAGCCAAACGGGAGUACAACGGCACCAAGAUGGAGGGCCGGGGGGACGGGUACCACCAGCACCACCAGUCCCGGCACGGCAAGCGGAGCAAAAGCAAAGACCGCAAGCUGGACUCCCGGCACCGGCCCAAGAUGAUGGGCUGGUGGAGCUCUGACGACAACCUGGACAGCGACAGCAGCUACCUGGUGUCCGGCCGGCACGCCGUGGACCAGGGAACCCAGUACUGUGUGGAUGCUCCUGAAAGUGCCUUCAGAGACUUGACCUUGAAGAGUCUAAAAAGUGGUGGGGAGGGCAAGUGCCUGGCCUGCGCCGGCAUGUCCAUGUCGCUGGAUGGUCAGACGCUGAAGAGGAGUGCCUGGCACACCAUGACAGUCAGCCAAGCCCGGGAGGCGUAUCCCAGCUCGGGAGGCAGCCAGGAGAAAGCUUUGGUACUGCAAGAGGCAAAAGCCAAAGACAGAGGCUACCAUUACCUUCAGGUGCCGCAGGAUGAGUGGAGCAGCUACCCAGCGGUGGGGAAGGACGGCGAGAUCCCCUGCCGGCGGAUGCGGAGCGGCAGCUACAUCAAGGCCAUGGGGGACGACGACAGCGGCGACUCGGAGGCCAGUGCCAAGGUGUCUCCCAAGGGCUUGUCCCGGCGAGAUGGCUACCGCCGCUCCUCCAGCGUAGACCAGGCCAGGACUAAGUUUGCAAGUAGGCACUAUUCUGAUUCAUAUAUCUGUAACUGUCCCAGCUGCUGCACCCCACCCAGAAUGCACCCUCGGGGACAGGGCUACGGACGCUCCUUCACCACUGGCCAGAUCAACGAGGAGCUGAACCACCAGUUUGAGGCGGUCUGUGAGUCUGUCUUUGGCGAGGUGGAGUCCCAGGCCGUGGAGGCGCUGGACCUGCCUGGCUGCUUCCGCAUGCGGAGCCACAGCUACCUGCGGGCCAUCCAGGCAGGCUGCUCCCAGGACGACGACUGCCUCUCGCUCUUCUCCAUGUCCGUCCCGCCCAGACCAGCCAUCACCAGCAGCAUCCUGAAGCCCAGCACCUCCUUCAGUUACAGAAAAGCGCCGCCUCCCCUCCCUCCAGGAAUCAAAGCCAAGCCCCUGAUCUCAGUCACGGCCCAGAGCAGCACUGAGUCCACCCAUGAGAGCUACCUCCCCAGCGAGGUCUCCCGGAGCCCCUCGUGGUCCAAAGAUGCUGCGGCUCGCUGCAACUCCACGGAGAGCUUGGAGAACUCCAAGGUGACAGCCAUCUCCUUGGAUCUGCCUCCUGUCCAGCCCCGGGGCUCUCCCAAGCCGUCCACACUCAUCAUCAAGGCCAUCCCUGGCCGGGAAGAGCUGAGGAGUUUGGCACGGCAGAGGAAAUGGCGCCCAUCCAUUGGAGUUCAGGUUGAGACUAUAUCUGAUUCCGACACAGAAAACAGGAGCCAGAGGGAAUUCCACUCCAUCGGGGUGCAAGUGGAGGAAGACAAAAGACGGGCCCGGUUCAAGCGCUCAAACAGUGUGACGGCCGGUGUGCAGGCAGACCUGGAGCUGGAAGGCUUCACGGGCCUGUCGGUGGCCACAGAGGACAAGGCCUUGCAGUUCGGGCGGCCCUUCCACCGGCACUCCUCAGAGCCAGAUGCGUCCAGCCGGCAGUACUCGGUGUUCAAGACGGUGCACACACAGGGCCAGUGGGCCUACCGGGAGGACUACCAGAUGCAGUAUGACACCGUGGAGGUGCCCCGGCGGAACUCCUGGAUCGACAGGGGCUCCCGCAGCCUCCCUGACUCUGGCAGGGCCUCUCCCUGCCACCGGGACGGGGAGUGGUUCAUUAAGCUACUGCAGACUGAGGUGGAGAAGAUGGAAGGCUGGUGCCAGCAGAUGGAGCGAGACGCUGAGGACUAUGACCUGCCAGAGGAGAUCCUGGAGAAGAUCCGGAGCGCCGUGGGCAGCACUCAGCUCCUGAUGUCCCAGAAAGUGCAACAGUUUUUCCGACUCUGCCAGCAGAACAUGGACCCUAAUGCGUUCCCCAUGCCCACCUUCCAAGACCUGGCUGGAUUCUGGGACCUCCUGCAGUUGUCCAUCGAGGACGUCAGCUUGAAGUUCGCGGAGCUUCAGCAGCUCAAGGCCAAUGGAUGGAAACUCAUCGAGCCCAAGAAAGAGAAGAAGGUCCCUCCCCCGAUACCAAAGAAGCCGCCGCGCUCCAAGGUGCACCCGGUGAAAGAGCGCUCCCUGGACUCCGUUGACCGGCAGAGGCAGGAAGCCAGGAAAAGGCUCCUGGCAGCCAAGAGAGCUGCCUCCUUCCGCCAGAACUCAGCCACCGAGAGUGCAGACAGUAUCGAGAUCUACAUCCCCGAGGCGCAGACCAGGCUGUGACCAGAGCACUGCCUUUUCUACCGCACUGUACAGAGAGUACAUAGCUCACUGUGAUGGCCGGGGCCCGGGCCACAGGGACCCCCCGGGGCAGCUCUCGGCCCACUCACAGCUUCUCGACUUAUCGUCUACGAUUCAUGGAUCCGACGGUGAAUGAACACGAGCCUGAUUCUGUCCUGCCCUUGUGCCCCUCCCUGUGGGGCAGGGCUCUGCCCCGCCCUGCCUGCCCACAACCCCCUUCCUGGCUUCUCCCCAAGCCCUGUCUGCCCUGAAGCCUUUUCUGCCCCCCAUCUCCCCUCCUUCUUGCAGCUCCUUCCUGUCCCUUCCCUGCACACUCCCUGGUGGCCAGCUGUACCUUCCUUUCAGAGCUCUUUGUACCUUGCUCCUUACAGCCCCCCUCCUCUUUGUGUCCCCCUCUCCUCUCCUCAUGCCCUC